GCUCAGCUGAACAUCUUAGAUGGUAGAUUUCACUCUGUGGAAUACUGAAAAUAAAUGGUAGUGACCACAAUUUUGUAUUUACCCUAUUGGAUAAAUACAAAAUAAUAUGGAAAACAAGAGCUGUUCAAAGUGUAAAAGGAGCCUUUUACUAGAUGCAUUCAAGGUGACGAAAAAUGGUCAAACGACAAAAACAUGCAUCAAAUGCCUCGAUAGUAACAACGCGUCACGGGAACGUACAAAGUGCCCGCAUAAAAAGCAGAGGGCCCUGUGUAAGGAGUGCAAGGGCAGUCAAAUCUGCGCACAUGAAAAAAGGAAAUCCAGGUGCAAGGAGUGCAAGGGCAGUGAAAUCUGCCCGCAUAAAAAGCUGAGAUCUCAGUGUAAGGAGUGCAAGGGCAGUCAAAUCUGCCCUCACGAAAGGCAGAGGUCCAAGUGUAAGGAGUGCAAGGGCAGUCAAAUCUGCCCUCACGAAAGAAUAAGAUCUCAGUGUAAGGAAUGUGGAUGCGGAAGCAUUUGUGAACAUCAAAAAAGGAAAUCCUAUUGCAAAGAAUGCAAAGGCAGUCAAAUCUGCCCUCAUGAAAAGCUGAGAUCCUAUUGCGAAGAAUGCAAAGGCAGUCAAAGCUGCCCUCAUAAAAAGCUGAGAUCCUAUUGCAAAGAAUGCAAAGGCAGUCAAAUCUGCCCUCACGAAAGGCAGAGAUCCACCUGCAAGAAAUGUGGAGGCGGAGGCAUUUGUGAACAUCAAAAAAGGAAAUCCAGGUGCAAAGAAUGCAAGAAGGCCAAACAAUAA